CACCAUCCACCCCCGAGACCACACCAUCCACCUCCGAGAUGACAUCAAUGACAACUAUGCUACCCACAGAUGGCACUUGCAUUGUGUCUGGAGAUCCUCACUACAUAACCUUUGACAACAGGAAGUUCACAUUCCUGGGGACCUGUACAUAUACCCUUGCCAGAAACUGCCACAAUAAGACAGGACCCUGGUUCAGCAUUGAAGGGAAGAAUGAGGAGAGGGGAUUACCUGGAGCCACAUACCUGAGAAAACUUUACAUCACCAUUGAUGGCAUCACCAUUACUCUGAUGAAAAACAGGCGAAUCAUGGUGGGCCAAACAAGAGUGAGACUGCCUAAAGAGGUGGGCAGGGUCCAGCUCUCUCAAUCCGGCCAAUAUGUCAUGCUCCAGACAGACUUUGGCUUGAAGCUACAAUACGACGGAAACCAUUUUGUGAAGAUAACUGUACCCAGCUCCUACAACAAUCAGAUGUGCGGACUCUGUGGUGACUUUAAUGGUGACUACAUUGAUGAUUACCAGAAGCCGGAUGGGGCCUUGGCAGUAAAUGACACCGUAUUUGGAGAUAGCUGGAAGACAAAAGACGAUGAGGACGAGAAGUGUAGGACUAUUGACCCAAUGCCAUGCGAGAAAGAGGUCUUCGACAAAGUGAUCAGCAGUGACCAAUGCGGUCUGAUCAUCGAUGCAACGGGACCGUUCAGGAACUGUGUUAAGAUUGUGGACCCAAUGCCCUACUUCAACAACUGCGUUUACGAUAUGUGCCAGUUCCAGGGUUUCCAGCCUCCUCUGUGUGACCAGCUCCAGGCCUACACCGACGCCUGUCUAUCUGCUGGGGCCACUGUGCAUAACUGGAGGACUCCAGACUUCUGCACUCCAAACUGCCCACCGAACUCCCACUACAGCAUAUGUGCCAAUUUGUGCCCUGAGACCUGUAGCCAACUCAGCAGUCCCAGCUGUUCACAAAAAUGUAUUGAGGGAUGUGACUGUGACCCUGGGUAUGUUCUCAGCGACAAUAAGUGUGUUCCCCACUCUGACUGCGGAUGCUCCGAUAGUGAAGGCAAUUAUCACCUGAUCAAUGAGUCUUGGUACUUACCUGGCUGCGGCAACAAAUGUACCUGUGUCAAUCCGAAGAAAAUUACCUGUCAGCAUGCAGGCUGCUCGCGGUUGGAGGUGUGUGACCUGCUGGAUGGCAUUUACGGCUGCCACCCGAAGGGCCAUGAAACGUGCACGGCCUCAGGAGACCCCCAUUACAAGACCUUUGACAAGCACUCGUACGACUUCAUGGGUAACUGCACUUACACCUUCUCCAAGCUCUGCAACGCCACGUCUGGCCUGCCCGACUUCAACGUGGAGACCAGCAACGAGCACCGGGGCAGGAACACACGGGUCUCCUACGUCAAGGCUGUUCACGUUGACGUCUAUGGCCACCAUGUGACCCUAAUGAAGAACCGAAAAGUCAUCCUGGAUGAGCGCAAGGUCAUCAUGCCCAUCUUCAUCGACGACAACCUGCUGAUUCGCAUCAGUGGUCGCUACGUCUCCCUGGAGACGGAUUUCGGCCUGAAGGUGCGCUACGACGGGAACCAUCACGUUGAUGUCACUGUCCCGACUUCCUACGUGGGGCAGCUCUGCGGCCUCUGUGGAAACUACAACGGAGACCAUUCCGAUGACAAACGUAUGCCCAACGGUGACAAAGCCGACAGCCCUGAGGAGUUCGGGACCAGUUGGCUGGUACCAGGCACAGACACUCAGUGCACUCACGAAGAUAAUCCCUCAGACUGCGACGAGGAUGAAUUUGAGAAACCCGAGAGUUGUGGAUUUAUCAAUGACCCGAACGGUCCAUUCCGAGAGUGCAACAAGCGCAUUCCUCCAGAGAGCUACUUCAAUGACUGUGUAUACGACAUGUCCUGUGGGACCGGUGAGAUGGCAUCACUCUGUUUCGCCCUGGGAUCCUACGCAGCCCUUUGCGCCAAAGCUGGAAUCCCGGUCACCUGGAGAAACCAGACCUUCUGCCCUCUGAGCUGCUCGGCUGGCAGUCACUAUGAGCCCUGUGCCAGUGCCUGCCCUGCGUCCUGUACCGACCUGUCAGCUCCCACUGACUGCAGCGCGCCGUGUGUGGAGGACUGUGUCUGUGAUGAGGGCCACGUCCUGAGCGGGGACCAGUGCGUCCCCUUCAGUCAGUGCGGCUGUCUGGACCCUGAGCGGAACUACCGGCUGCUGGGAGAGUCCUGGAUGGCGAACGGAAAUUGCACCAAACGUUGUACCUGCUCCGGCCCCAGCAACAUCACGUGUGAGGACUGGGAGUGUGGGCCCCUGGACAAGUGCAAGGUCCUGGACGGAGUCCUGGACUGUCACACAUCAGGCACAGCCUCCUGCCACGUUGCCGGUGACCCUCACUACUACACCUUCGACAAUGCCAUGCACACCUUCCUGGGCACCUGCACCUACACCCUGGUCACCACCUGCAACUCCACUAUGGUGACGCCAUUCACCAUCAGUGGCAAGAACGAGCAGCGGGGAAUGCCGUACGCCUCCUACCUCAGCGAGGUCCACAUCGACGUCGAAGGGCUCAGCAUCACCAUGCAGAAGAGCAGAAGGUUACUGCUCAACGAUAAGAUGAUCAGGACACCAUUUGAGAACAAUAUAAUUGGAGUCAACAUCUACUCCAGCGGCAUCUACAACGUCCUGGAGACCAAGUUUGGGCUGAUGGUCAGGUUCGAUGGCAACCAUCACCUUGAGAUUAAACUGCCAAACACGUACUUUGGAAAGGUGUGUGGCAUGUGCGGAAACUUUAACAAUAACCAAACUGACGAGCUCCUAAUGCCCAAUGGUCUCCAGGGUAAAAACGUCACCCAGUUUGGCAACAGUUGGCAGAUCGAAAAUGACAAGGACUCACGCUGCAAGUCUGAUGACCGGGAGGAUCUGAAUCCGAUGUGUAAGGCCGAAGAUAAGAAGGCGUGGGCAGCACAGUGCCAGGAGCUGUUAUCAGCCAAGUACCAGCAAUGCCACAGCGUUGUGAAGCCAGCGCCAUUCAUUGAGAACUGCGUGUUCGACAUGUGCAUGUACUCUGGCAUGAUCUCCACCCUCUGCGAUAAUAUCCAGUCCUACAUCGAAGCCUGCAAGAGCGAGGGCAUCGACAUUAAGUGGAGGAACACCACCUUCUGUCCCCUGCCCUGCCAAAAGCACAGCCACUACACUGAGUGUGCCACAGCCUGCCCAGCUACCUGCACAGACAUCUAUGCCCCCUCGAACUGUGAGACCCACCGGCCGUGCGUGGAGGGCUGCGAGUGCGACAAGAACUUUGUGCUGAGCAACGAUCGCUGCGUAGCUUUGGCUGACUGUGGCUGCGUUGACUACAAUGGCAACUACCAUGAGGCAGGUGAUAAUUGGCUGAACAAGCGCUGUGACACAAAGUGUACCUGCAGGAAAGGGCAAGUGCACUGCAAGAGGCACAAAUGUGUAGAGAACUCGGUGUGUGCCUUGAAGAAGAACGGAAAAUACAGGUGUACACCCGUCGCUUUCGAGACUUGCCUGAUCUCGGGCGACCCUCACUACCUGACCUUUGACGGCUUGGCCCACCACUUCCAAGGCAAGGGCACUUACACUCUGGUCACCUCCCUCAACACUUUGGAAACCCUGCAGCCAUUCAACAUCAAAGGCAAGAACCAAGUGAGGAACAGGAACAGAAAGGUCUCCUACCUGUCUGCGGUCUACAUCAACGUCUAUGGCCACUCCCUCGAAUUCCACAAGAAGAAACGUUUCCUGCUGGAUGACGAAAGGGUGAGACCACCUUACAAAUCGCGUGAAGGUUUCCAUGUCUACCAGAGAGCCCAGACCCUCUACCUGGAGACGGACUUUGGCCUCUCGGUCAACUUCGACGGGAGAGAAAAUGCAGACAUUAUUAUCCCGAGCCUGUACAAGAAAAAAGUCCGAGGGUUGUGCGGCACGUACGAUGGUAGGUACAGGAAUGACUUCACAUUGCCCAAUGGCACACGGGUUUCCAGCUUGGAAGUGUUCGGGAACAGCUGGAAGGUGGAGGACAAGAAGGAUGAUGACCACAAUUGGGAGGGAGAUGACGAUGAUGAUGAGGGUGACGAAGAUAGCCGGAUGAGGCAGAAGCCUCAGGAACCCAACAGGCAGAGGUACAGGCGUGAAAUCGUCGGUGAGGACACUGGUCCCAAGCCAGAGACAGGUUUUAUGGAAGGGUGCAGCCCUGACCAGCUGGCCAAGAUGAGCAGUACGGCUUACUGCGGGGCGAUUACAGACCCUCAGGGACCAUUCCAAGACUGCCAUCACACCAUCAACCCAGAGACAUUUUACCAGAACUGUCUGUUCGACCUGUGCCAGUUCUACAACAAGUCUGAGAUGUUGUGUGCCAGCUACGGGACAUACGUUCAGGUCUGCCAGGCGAAUGGGACCGCCCUGUCGAACUGGAGGCAAGAAACCAGCUGCGCUAUGGACUGUCCUCCAAACAGCAUGUACAGGUCAUGCAUGGCUGCCUGUCCUCCCACCUGUGCCAACCUGGCCGCCCCAUCAGAAUGCGACGCUCCAUGCAUGGAAGGUUGUGAAUGCAAACCAGGCUUUGUCUACAGCGAUUUUGAAUGUGUGCCUUACAGACAGUGCGGCUGCACCUAUCGCAGCAAGUAUUACGAGGUUGGAGAAAGAUUUAUCACAGACGAUUGCUCUGAAAACUGCACAUGUAACAAUACGGAAACUGUUAUGUGCUUAACAAUGAAAUGUCCAGAGCCGACAGUGUGUACUGUCAUAGGCAGCAUCAGGGCCUGUGGCAUAGAGAAACCUAAUUGUAUGGCAGAUACCUGUCAAAAUGGCGGCACAUGCCUGGAGACGCCAAAUGGAUUUGAAUGUGUCUGUCCUUCCUCCUUCAUAGGAUCACACUGCGAGCAUAAUAUCAAGAUCAUCAUUGCCGUGACAGUGGUGAUUGUAGUGGUCCUUCUCAUCAUUGGUGCAGUGCUGAUUUACUUCUGCUGCUGCAGGAAUGGAGGAUCAAACAAAAGUGACACAACGAGUGACAUCAUCUCCCUCAGCAGCCACACUGAUAUGAAACAAAUAAGGCAGCAAAUCUAUGAAGAUCAAAGACCCGUUGGAAUAUCAAACCCACACUUCAAUUACUAACCCACAGAUUGCCUGGGGUUUGUUCCAGAUUAUACAUUUUAAGCAUGUCAGGUGUUACAAAUCUUACAGUUCUUGCAAUUGGAGCAACAGUGUAACUUCCUCUCAAUUUAAAUUAUAAAACGCAAAGCAGCAGUG